ACCAAACCCCCUUCCAGCAGCCAUCAUCGGCUGGAACACACGUGCGGCGUCCGUGGCCGCCGUCGACCUCACGGUGAGGGUCCUUGGACGGCGACAUCUUCACCGUUAAGGGCUUUCCGCUCUCUACACCUGUCUCUGCGCCUCAAAUGAUUGACCCGUUGCUGACGCCGUUAGUGGUGCUGAAAUGGGUGGUAUUCUGGGACGAGGGGAAGAUGCAGAAGAUGGAAAAAGGGGAGAGAAGGAGGGUAAUUCGGGAAAAGAAUAAAAAAGAAUCUCAUCCGUCGAUUUUGAAAAUGAAAACAUCCCAACGCUACAAAAUUGGUUUCCCACGGUGGGAGACCUGUGACACUUUCCCACUCUACCAAACAGAGCAUAAGGGAGAGGGAGAAAGGAUACAACAAAAGCAACUACUUUAGUUGUUCAGUACUUCUCUAUUUCCUGUGGUUCCACGCACUUUCUCUAUCUACGUUUUCAAAUUUGAAGUCAAACACGUUCAACGUCGCCCUUUGUGAUUAAUUCCCAUAUCGUUUCCACGGAAGCUUUUUCUAGCAGAUAGGAUUUAGGUUGAAGUCAGGACAAAUAUGGCCGAUUUGGAGAAUUUGCUUUUGGAGGCUGCGGGGAGAACUGGUACAGCUGGUAGAAAUCGUCAUUCUCUUCCACCUUCAAGGAGACGACAUGAUGGCGCCUAUUCAGAUGGUGGGAGUGAUUCUAGGGAUGACGAUUCAGAUGACGAACUCAAUUAUGCAAGCAGAAAGCCCUCUGGAUCACAAGUUCCUCUGAAGAAAAGACUAGAUCCAACAGAAAGAGAUGAUGAUUUAGGCAGUCAGGAAGAAGCAGAUGAUGAUGGUCGCAGCGAUCAUGAUGGUGAUAGCAGUGAUGAAUCAAAUAUUGGCGAUGAUCUCUACAAGGAUGAGGAUGACAGGCGAAAGCUUUCUGAGAUGACUGAACUUCAAAGAGAGAUGAUCUUAUCGGACAGGGCUACAAAAAAGGAUGAUAAAAAUUUGUUGGGAAAGAUAGCAUCAAAGCGUGAGAAAGGAAAGGCAGCAGCACCCAGAAAACAGUCUCCCCCCAUGUCGUCAUCGCGCAUGCGUGCAUCAGCCAGAUCUGCUGACAGGUCAGCCAAGAAUGAUGCGUUAAAUGAAUUGCGUGCAAAGCGAUUGAAACAGCAAGAUCCGGAAGCUCACCGGAGACUGAGAGAGGCAUCAAGAAAUGCAGGGCCCCGGCAUUUUUCUCCGCCAAAGCGCAAAACGUUCACAUCAACAAGUCUCAGUAGUUCAAGUCAUAGUGAGAGUGAAAGUAGGUCCCAUAGUGACGAUGAAGGGUCAACUGGGGAUGGAGGAAUUGCUGACAGUGAUGAUGACAGGGCACUAGCUGGGUCUGAGGGUCCAUCAUUUCAGGAUAUAAAGGAAAUAACUAUUCGCAGAUCAAAACUUGCCAAAUGGUUUAUGGAGCCUUUCUUUGAGGAGUUAAUAGUUGGUUGCUUUGUAAGAGUGGGAAUUGGUAGAUCAAAAACUGGACCAAUCUACCGACUCUGCAUGGUGAAAAAUGUUGAUGCUUCAGAACCUGAUCGACAGUAUAAAUUAGAAAAUAAAACUACCUACAAGUAUUUGAAUGUUGUUUGGGGAAAUGAAAGUUCUGCUGCUAGGUGGCAAAUGGCUAUGGUUAGUGACUCUGCUCCAAUUGAAGAGGAGUUCAAACAGUGGGUUAAGGAAGUAGAUUGCAGUGGCGGCCGGAUGCCAAGUAAACAAGACGUGCUAGAAAAAAAGCAAGCUAUCCAAAAAGCCAUCACAUUUGUCUACUCAGCGGCUACUGUGAAGCAGAUGUUACAAGAGAAAAAGUCUGCCUCAACAAGGCCACUGAAUGUUGCUGCUGAGAAGGAUCGGCUGAGGAGGGAAUUGGAAAUAGCACAAAGUAAGCAUGAUGAGGCAGAAGUGGAGAGGAUCAAGACAAGACUGCAAGAAUUAGAGGCAUCGAGACAAGCAAAGCAGAAGGAUGCCAAGGCAUUGAAACUGGCUGAGAUGAAUAGAAAAAACAGGUUUGAGAACUUCAAGAAUGCUUCUGAAUUGAAGCCAGUGAAUAUAGGUUUGAAAGCAGGGGAGGCAGGUUAUGAUCCAUUUUCAAGGAGAUGGACUAGAUCAAGGAAUUACUAUGCUGCAAAACCUGGUGAAAAGGCUGCAGCUGGAAAUAAUAUUGUCAAUGGCAAUGUGGCUGGUGCUGGCAGCAAUGCAACAGGAGCACCAGUGACAGCCGAGGCUGGCAUGGUGGCUACCGCUGCUGCCUUGGAAGCUGCUGCUGGUGCUGGGAAGUUGGUGGAUACAAGUGCUCCUGUGGAUCAAGGGACAGAGUCAAAUAUGCUGCACAAUUUCGAGCUGCCAAUUUCAUUAGCAUUACUUCAAAAGUAUGGUGGGGCUCCAGGAGCUCAGGCAGGAUUUAUGGCAAGAAAACAAAGAAUAGAAUCAACAGUUGGAUUUAGAGUCUCUGAAAAUGAUGGUAGGAGGCAUGCGUUGACGCUGACAGUCAGUGAUUACAAAAGAAGAAGAGGGCUUCUUUGAAAUUUGUUGCUGCUCUUGCAGUAUGCCAGUUGAGGUAAGUCCGAGGCUCUAUGAGCUGAUGGUUUGUGUUGUGUUGACUGUAAUAUUAUGUAUUUUGAUUUUUUUAAGCGGUCAUGUUUCCAUAGAUUUUUUAUUUCUCAAUGCUCAAACAUAAAACAAUAGAUAUUUCAUAAAUGUUAGUGAAGAAUGUGUGUAAUUUAACAAUGCUAUUUAGCCAGAUUGUUGGAAGUUAAAGAGAAAGCUUGAUAAAUGCACAUGAAAUCUGAUAUCAUGGUGAAAUAUUACAGACUAUCUGUCCUCUUGAGUUGAGACUGUUAUUGUCUAGAAGAACUUUUGUUUCACUUUCAA